AUGGCAGCUGCUCACGACGCCCACUGCCUGUCGGAGCUCGCCGGCCUCCCCAACAGGAACCUCAGCCUCGUCUCCGGCGCCCGGCCCUGCAACCGGAGCGCCGGCAGGACCUCGCCGUACACCCCGCAAGCCACCGCCGCCUUCGCCUUCGCCAUCACCUUCAUGAUGGUCUUCACCAUCGUCGGGAACAUCCUCGUCAUCAUCGCCGUGCUGACUUCCCGAUCCCUGAAGGGGCCCCAGAACCUCUUCCUGGUGUCGCUGGCGGCGGCGGAUAUUUUAGUUGCGACGCUCAUCAUCCCGUUCUCGUUGGCCAACGAGCUGCAGGGCUACUGGGCGUUCAGCUCCGUGUGGUGCGAGAUCUACCUGGCCCUGGACGUUCUCUUCUGCACCUCCUCCAUCGUGCACCUGUGCGCCAUCGCACUGGACCGCUACCUGUCCAUCUCCCGGCCCGUGACCUACGGCGCCAGGCGCACCCCCGCACGCAUCAAGGCGGCCAUCGUGGUGGUCUGGCUGAUCUCCGCGGUCAUCUCGUUCCCGCCUCUCCUCACGCUGGACAAGAGCGAAGGAGGCGAAGAGGAGUGCGAGCUGAACAACGAGCGCUGGUACAUCCUCUACUCCACCAUCGGCUCCUUCUUCGCCCCCUGCGUGAUCAUGAUUCUGGUGUACGUGAAGAUUUAUCAGAUCGCCAAGCAGCACACGCGUCGCCCGUCCGGACGGAAGCAGGAGGCGGCGGAAGGAGGCGAAGCCAGCGCGGGAACCAACGAGCCUCCGGCGAAGUUAUCCGAGCAGUCGCAGCAGAAUGGGGAUCGAGGAGGUGCGGCGGCCGGCCAACGAGAAGAAGUCCCGAAAGACAUGUCCAUCACGUCACUUCAAAACCCUCCCGGGAGCCGGGUCACUCAGCCCUGCCCUGCCGAGUCUGUCCAAACAUCCACUUCUUCCCCGCCAGUCCCCCAAAUCCCCUCAGUUGUUCCCCGCAAAGAGCCCCGGACACAUCCUGCCGAAGAGGAGGAGGCGCUCCCCGACAACUCUUCCAGCUUCGGUUCCGAACUGGGCGAGAACGGUAAAGACAAGACGAACGCGGCCGACGAGCGAACGUUUGGAGCGUCCCAACGCAAAGGGUUCGGAGGUCAGAUGCUGAACCUGGCCUGCAGGUACAAGAAGACCAUGGCCACUGCGUCCGGCAUCAAGUUGGUACCCGAGGAGGCGACGAGCAUUCAGGGGACGCCCUCGUCACGCCGCAAGGCCAUGGCAAACCGGGAGAAGAGGUUCACCUUCGUGCUGGCGGUGGUGAUGGGCGGGUUUGUGAUCUGCUGGUUCCCCUUCUUCUUCUCUUACUCUCUUCAGGCGGUGUGCCCCGAGACCUGCGCUAUCCCCAACCCCCUGUUUAAAUUCUUCUUCUGGAUUGGAUACUGCAACUCCUGCCUUAACCCUGUCAUUUACACCGUCUUCAACCACGACUUCAGGAAGGCCUUCAAGAAGAUACUGUGCAGGGACGCCAAGGGCACCUUCUUCUAG